AACACAAUCCGAGGGGCUACGAUUCGGGCUCUCUUUCGCUUGCCAAACGGGCCGAGUGUUUGAGUAGUACCACUGCGUACGUCAGUUGUCUUACAUCGCUUCUUAUGCUCCGCGCUGCUUAUGGUACUCAACUCCGUGCUACGGAGUACAGACGUAUAAUCCCAGUGAUAUCGUUUGAUAUUGCUGAUGUGGAGUCGAUCGUCGUUUGUGCUUGCCGGUCACAGUGUCCAGUAUUGGGCCAUCGCUGCAUACACAGCUGGAUCUGCUAUUGCCACAACUGUUUGGGUUUCUCCAGGAAUCCUCCUGGGAUUCUCCGCCCACCUGGUCCGGAACUCAAACAGUAUCACCGUUACUGUCGGCCUAUCACUCUCAUCUAGUUGCAAAGCACGCGACAAUACCUUGGUCGGUCGGCUAUAUUGCAUCGGAUCAAUCAUUGCUUUGCCCAUCGUUCUUCGUAUUCCUCGGAAGCUCUUCAAAAUGUAUUCGACCAGGAUAAAUUGCUAUCCGUCAACCAAUGGCCCCUGCCGGAAAGCAAUAAUCCUCAUACAAUGGAUAAUUGGUGAUCAGCAAGCAUCACCUCGGUUCGUCAGCAUUGGGAAGCAGUGACUAGUGUCGGCCACAGUCUCUCAGUGGCUGCUCAUGCGCCACGCACCCACUUUCAUUUAGCUGUCCCUGACAAACCACUCUUGGCCCAGCAAGUUGUCGCGCGUUUUUUGCCACGAUUUAUGAGCAAGACCA